AUGGCUGCAGAAAUACAAAAGAAACUGCAAAAAGAGCUCGACGUAUUUAAUAGUCUUCAAAAAGAGUACCACAAGGCUGUAGCGCAAAAGCAGCAAUUAGACGGCCAAUUGAAUGAAAACAAAGCCGUGAAGGAAGAAUUAAUGUUAUUAAAAAAGGAUUCCGAAGUUUACAAGCUCAUAGGACCCGUUUUAGUGAAACAGGAUUUAGAGGACGCUAGACAGAAUGUUGCUAAACGUAUGGAAUAUAUAAGCAAGGAAAUCAAAAGAGCAGACGGUCAUAUUUCGGCAUUAGAAAAUAAACAAGAGGCAAUUCAAGAGAACGUAAACAAGCUUAAAAAUGAUCUUGGCAACCUUAAAAUCGGAGCUUAA